CCCGUGUCAAGACUCGAACACGGUAUCAUCAUACAACCGUUGCUACUACGUCGAUUCAAUCGCAUUACAUGUCGGUAGAGACGCUUGCGGUGACCUCAUCAAUUCGCUUGUCGACAGGUUACGAUAUGCCGCGGCUGGGAUUUGGAGUGUAUCAAAACUACACCACUCACGAUUCUGUCCUGGAAGCGCUUCGCGCUGGAUAUAGGCUCGUGGAUACUGCGCAGGCGUAUAGGAACGAGGCCGGCGUCGGAAGUGCCCUCCGUGCGAGCGGUCUGCCCCGUGAGGAGGUCUUUCUCACAACGAAGUGCAUCAGCAAGACGCAUGGAUACGAGAAGACUUCCCAUGCAGUAGACGUCUCACUGGAACGCUUAGGAGUAGACUAUAUUGAUCUCUUCCUGAUCCAUGACCCUUUCAAGGGGCGGGAUCUGCGACUAGAAACAUACGGCGCGCUCCUUGACGCGCAACGAGCUCGGAAGAUACGCACAGUCGGCGUUUCGAACUUUGGGAUCAAGCACCUAGAGGAGUUACGGAACGCCGGUCUAAAGACGCCGUCGGUGAAUCAAAUCGAGCUUCAUCCAUUUUGCCAGCAACGUCCCAUAGUGGCGUACUGUCGCGAAAAGGGCAUAGUCGUCCAGGCAUACUCCCCAUUGGUCCGUGGACAGCUCGAUCACCCAGUCAUUGAGCGACUCGCCCAGAAGCACAAGCGAGAACCGGCGCAGAUCCUGUUGCGGUGGUCCCUGCAAAAGGGCUACGUGCCGCUGCCGAAGUCAGCGACAACGACCCGCAUCCGCUCGAACGCGGACUUGUACAACUUCUCACUCGAUGUGGAAGACAUUGAGCUGCUUGAUGGACUAGACAAUGGCAAAGACGGUGCCGUCACCUGGAAUCCGGUAGACGCGGAGUAGGCUAAAUCAUCGGUCCGGGGAGUCUUUGCCGCCCGAGCUGCGAACUCGAUGCAAGGCAUUGUCAAAAUCAAUUGCAUACGUACAAAACAGAGCAC